AUGGCGAGAAAAAACAAUAACCGUAAUUUCAAAAACAAUAACCGUAAUUUCAGAAACAAUAACCAGAAUUUCAGAAACAACAAUAAUAAAGUUGGAUUUAAUAAUCGAGCUGGUUUUAAUAACGGAGCUGGUUUUAAUAAUAAUAAUAAUGAAGCUGGUUUUAAUAACGGAGCCGGAUUAAGAAACGAUAAUAACGUUGUAUGCUUCAUUAAUUCGAUCCUUCAAGUCCUCGUACAUCUUCCCAAUGCAGAAAGGCAUCUAGAAUCUACCGGCAACCAUCAAUGUUAUUGUAGUCCUGUAUGUAUCUUCAAUGAAUUAAAACGGUUGCGUAUUAAACUUAUGGAAUCACGGCAACCAGUUUACGCUGGCCCGUUCAUCACCUAUCUUACAGAUAUCGAACCAUUCGCCGAGGUAAACGAGCAAAAUGAUGCUUUCUUAUAUUUGUGUGGCAUUCUUCAAAAGGUGGGCGAAUGUGUCAAUGAGAACAUGGUCGCACAACAUAUGUAUUAUGAUUUCUGGACAACUCUACAAAAGAAGACUUUGUCGACAGAAGGCGUUGUUACGAUCUCUGCAGCAACGAAAAAUUCAAUAGAAGAGUGCUUUGAUGAGUAUUGUGAAUCCGCCGAAUUACCUGGUUUCAAGUGCUCGUGCAACAAGUUUACUUGCAACCAAGAAUUUACGAUAAAAGAAGAGCCAAAUACUCUUAUAGUACAAUUGAAAAGAUUCGGUUUCUCCAGCUCCACGAAGCAAGGAUACAAGAUUUCAAAACGUGUGGAAUUUGGAGAGGUGCUAGACAUUUCGAAAUAUAUUUUGGGGGGUAAAAAUGUUCGUUAUAAUCUUAGCGCUGUCUUGGUUCAUGAAGGUAGUACCAUUCGUAAAGGACAUUAUUAUUCAUAUAUCAAAAAUAGAAACAAUGAAUGGUAUUUAUAUAACGAUAGAUAUGUUCAACGAGUUUCAAUCAAUUCUGUACUCGAGUGUAAGCCCUACGUCCUAUUUUAUACAAAAAUAACAUCUACAUUUCCCGCAUCUACACCAUCAUCAACGACUAACAUUGACGAUAAACGUGAUGGUGACGAAAAGACUGGUCUUUGCAAGUCUAACGAGAAGACUAAAACUAAAUCAACAUCGUCAACAUCUAAAAUUAACGAUAAACAUGAAAAGACAACCCAUUACGAUCCUAACGAGAUGGCUAAAACAAACUCACCGUCAUCAACAACUAAAAUUAACGAUAAACGUAAUAAAUAUAAAAAGACAACGGUUUAUCAUUCUAACGAGAAGACUAAAACCAAAUCAACAUCGUCAACAUCUAAAAUUAACGAUAAACGUAAUAAAUAUGGAAAGACAACGGUUUAUGAUUCUAGCGAAAAGACUAAAACCAAAUCAACAUCGUCAACGACUAAAAUUAACGAUAAACGUAAUAAAUAUGAAAAGACAACGGUUUAUGGUUCUAACGAGAAGACUAAACCCAAAUCGACAUCAUCAACGCCUAAACUUAACGAUAAACGUGAUUAUAACGAGAUGAUUAAAGCGAAAUCAUCAUCACCAACGACUAAAAUUAACGAUAAACGUAAUAAAUAUGAAAAGACAACCGUUUACGAGUCUAACGAUAAGAUUAAAACUAAAUCACCACCGUCAACGUCUAAAAUCAACGAUAAACGUGAAAAGACAAUCAUUUACGAUUCUAACGAGAUGACUAAAACUAAAUCACCAUCAUCGACAUCUAAAAAUAACAACAAACGUUAUAGAGAUGAAAUAACAAAUUUUUACGAGUCUAACAAAAGGACUAAAACAAAAUAA